AGCCCCACCAACCGACGCGGGCUCCCUGGCUCAACGAGCAGGAGUCACACUUCCAUCAUGCUCGCCGGUUCCAGAGCUCCCCUCUCAGCUACUUCAAGUGGUCGAAAGGAGAGAACCCCCAUGACCAUGGCGGCGGAGGCAGCGGAGCAGGAGGGGGUGGGGGUAUAGGGGGCAUCAACUAUGUCCGGACCACCAGUACGGGAAGCUUGAGCGGGCCCCCCACCCCCACUAACGGCCACGGGGGUCCCAACACACCCCUGGUUGUCCCCCAGCCCAUCAAGCCCCCGUCCAGAGCUGGCACCAAGAGCUACCAGUGCAAGAUUUGCGAUCAG